CCUUAGGAAACUCCAUUUGUGUGUUCGGGACGAGGGUGGUCCAACUCCUGCGUGACGCGGCCGAGAGGGUCCCGCGCUGCCGCGUGCGGUGCCGGACCGAUGCGCCCGACAGGUUGCGCCGUUGCUGUGGAUAACGGAAAGCCUACCGUUGUCCCUGGUGGAACGACAUCUGGGUAUGAGAAGGCAAUCAAGGCAACGGAGGGAGGGGUGGAGGAAGGGGGCGAGGCAGGAAUGGCGGCGGAAGAGGAGGGCAAUGGAAUGGUCAAGGCCAGGGGAAUCAAGGUCAAGGGAAUCAAGGCCAGGGGUACCAAGGCCAGGGGUACCAAGGCCAGGGGGAUCAGGGAAGUCAGGGGCUAUCUUAUUUGGCAAGCGCCGAAUGGGUAUGAAAGGAGGGCCGAGCUAGUCCUCAAACCCUUUGAAGAAGAGGAUCCCUGGGGUGGUAAGGGUGUUCAGUGGAUGACGGAGUUAGCGUUGGUCAGCUCGCAUAGGUUGGUGGAGGACGUGAGGACGAUUGAGGAAGGACCUGGCCAGGUAGAACGGCAUGAGGACCUGAUGGGAGGAAUGUAUCUCCUCGUCAACACGUUAUUGCAAGAAAGCCUUGGCCAGUCAGGCUCGUUGAACUCGGCAGGGAAUAUGGACGAAAUGCCCGAGAGCCAGGACGACGAAUUCGAGGAGGGGGAGAUUAAGGAGGUCUUUCGUGCAGAGGAGUAUGAUGGGAUCUACCUAGAGCUGGGAAUUAUUUUGUCCUGCGAAAUGCGGCUAAGGGAUGCAAGCGAUAGGGCUCUGAGGAUGCUGCAGCGCUACUUAGUGCGAGACGGCCACCUUUUCGUGAGAAGAGAAGUGGGGAGUCCCAGGAGAGUCGCCUGCGGUAGGAAUCGUCUGAUCGACGUCGUAGCAGCGCUUCACGAUGGCAUUGCGGGAGGGCAUCGAGGGGUACAAGCCAGGUAUGCCAAGAUAAGUGAGUUGUAUUACUGGGAUGGGAUGAUGGACAUGGUCGGAAAGUUGUGUCGAUCUUGCGUACCUUGUCAGGAGAGAUCCCGUUUAAGGCAAGGAGAGUCACUGCAUCCAAGGCUAGAGCGAGAGGUGGGGGCUGUAGUGCAUCUCGAUCUACUUUUUAUGUCGCUUGGGGAUCAAGGCUAUAACUAUAUCUUCGAUGCGCGCGAUAACCUAUCUAACUUUGUAGACGGGCGUGUUAUUCGCACAAAGACGGGGUCAGUCCUGGUGAGCUGCAUCGAAGAGUAUUACCUACGCCAUCCUUUCGUCAAGGAAUUCAUAAUGGACAGGGGAUCAGAGUUUACCUGCCAGGAGGUGCAAGAACUGUUAUCAAGCUUCUGGGAGCAUGCGCGGCGUAUGGGUUGGACUGUGACCCAGGGGAUUGAGAGGCUGAGGGGAGUUGGCAGAUUCGAGGAGCCCGUCGCACGGAUCCGUAGAGAGGCGACGACGAGGUUAGAGGCGGAGUUGAGGAUGCAGGAGCUGCGACCCUCGCCUGUGGGACCUGAUGGCAGGCCGAUCCGCCUGGAGAUUGGAAAUGCGUCGGACUUCAUCCCCGCGUUUGAGUGGUUCAUGCAGGGGCAAGAGGAGGUGCCACAAGAGGAGGUGCCACAGGAGGAGGUACCACGAGAGGAGGUGCCACGAGAGGAGGUGCCACAGGAGGAGGUACCACGAGAGGAGGUGCCACGAGAGGAGGUGCCACAGGAGGAGGUACCACGAGAGGUGGUGCCACGAGAGGAGGUGCCGCGGAAGGAGGUCCAGGAUACUCAGAGAGAGAGAGGGCUGGGCGAUGAGGGAAGACGUGCAGGGAAGGAAGUAAUAGAGGUUGGAGAGGACACGCCCCCACAGACGCCAGCGGUGGGUUUGAGACUCGGGGUUGCAACAAAGAGCACUCGGCAGACGGGGGAGAGAUUGCAGAGAGAGGAGGCCCCAUUACCUUCAUCAGAAAAGACUCCUUCGCCAGAGGGGAGAGCAGAAAGGAGGAGGGAGAGGGAAGCUGUAAGGAGAGAAGCCUUGACCUUGAUUGACAGGCACCUAGCAGCUCAUGCCCUGGAGCACCCAGACCUGGAGGAGCUAGCACCUGCAGAGCCGCGCCAGGAACCAUGCCAGCCCGAGAAGGAGGUGGAGGCAGAAAUCCCGAAGAGGGUCGACCUCCGCACGAGGGAAAGGGCGCCAGCUGGAGAGACAGCAGAGGAAAAGAAGGCGAGAAGAACCAGGAGGAUAGAAGAGGUAUGGCAAGAGAGGCAGAGGUUGGAGGUGGCGGGGACACUUCCGGAGCAGCAGCAGGAGAGGCAGAGAUCGGAGGCAGCAGGAGCACUCCCGGGUCAGCCACCCAACGAGCCAGCUAGGGCCCCGGAGAUCCCUGAGAUGUGGAGGGGCUUCUGGGAGCAGAGAGGAGAGGAGCUUCCUUCGCCAGUCAGAGUUGGGUUUGGGGUAGCAAGAAAGGCGGAAGAAAGAUUGGACCGAGAAAUCAAGUUCCUGGCCAAGACAACUUUUGACCGGCACUUGUUAUUUGAGAGCGAUCUGGCGGGAAAGAAGACAAAGGAAGAAGGUCAUGGAGUACGCCUGGAGGCUAUGGAGGUGGAAAUCCAGGAACUCGGGGCAUUGGUGGCCAGCCAGGCAGCCAUCAUCGAGAGCCUGAGGCAGCAAACUCAGGGAAAGGUGGACAAGCCAGAGAGUAGCCGGCAGGGAGAGCAGAGGCAUCCAGGACAGGGAUUGCCAGGGCAGCCAUCUGCGGCAGGGCCUCACCAGGAGCCACCUAUGGGGAGAGUUAUCUUCGAGCCAGAGGAGGCGAGAGCCCAGAGACAGGCGGAGACAGAGGCGUUAGAGUUCAGAGCCCCUACCGAACUUGCGACGCUACCAGUGGCGGCGACGAGCCCAGUCAUACCUUUGGCAGUAGAGGAGGGGCUGCCACCAUCUAGCAGUGAGUCGGCUCAAGGCUCAGCAAAGGGAUCCAUGGGCGUGCUCCUUGAGGCGGUGCACACUAUGCAGGAAGAGGCGAGUUUGUUUUCACCCGAGCAGAGGAUAGAGAAGCCUCUUGAGAGAGAGAUGGGGAUUGAGGCGGAGGGUGUCAUCGAGGGCAGGCUCCAGAGGUUGGGCACGCCUGAGUAUGAGCCAGAGGAGAUUGAGCAGCAGCCCGUGGUGGUGCCAGGAGAGAUGCUCGAGAGGAGACCUCAGAGGUUGGACGUGCCUGAGUGCGUCCCAGCGACAGGGAAUUUGAGGAGCAGACUGGGAUCUUGGGCUACAGGAUUUGGGUCUGGGGGAUCGGUUCCUGGGAUAGAGCAGCAGGAGGUCGUUAGUACCGCAACUCCUCGAUCAGAGCAGCAAGGGGAUGUCAGUACCUUGGUAGGAUCUCCUUCAUCGCCAUCUCCUCAGCCCAAGAAGAAGAAUUUCAAGAGGAAGGUUGAUCAACUAUGCUUUUACUGCAAGAGGGGCAUGCAUCUGGCUCUGGACUGUCUCGAGUUCCUUGAGGAUAAGGUAGAAGGGAAGGUCUCUGAAGUAGGGGGUAAGAUGUAUGAUAGACAGGGUAUGAUAGUAGAGAAGUCCGCAGAUAGACUUAGGGCUCAGUUAUAUAGGCAAAACCAGGAGGAGUUGAGGAGGUAGGGUCGGUUUGUCUAUGUAAGUGGUCGAGUAUCUUGUGAGGCAUCAGCUUAGGCUCU